UUCUUUUUUCUUUUUUUUUUACCUUUUUAUUAUUGGUAUUACCUUUGAUUUUUGAUAUUGACUCAUCCUUUUGUACAUUUAAUUUUCUUCCUUGCAUUACUCUUAUCUAUAUAUAUAUAUAUAUCGUACCAAAUAAAAAUAAAUAAAACAUAUACCUUACAAUGGUCAACAAUAUUUAUCAAGAAAUCAGAAUAUCAUGUAAAAGUUCUUGGACUACUGAACAAGAUGCUGACGGCAAUACAUUACGCAAUUGGGAGGUAUCUCUGGUAGCAAUAGACGAUGGCAAACAAGUACCUGGAAAAUUACAAGCCAUGCUGGAUCAUGUCGAAUAUAUUUUACAUCCUACUUUUCCUAAUCCAAGACGAGAUAUAUCAGACGAGCCCUAUUUACUCAAAGAAUCUGGUUGGGGAGAAUUUGAUCUAAGAAUUAUGCUACACUUUGCGGAUGAAUUUGCACCAAGGGAAAUCAUUGUAUUUGAUCUCAAUUUCAAAGAACCUCAUUAUUCUAAAACUCAUUUAGUGACAUUUAGUGAUGUCUCUGCUGAAGUAGCUUCUUAUUUGGAAUCACUAAAAGACAUAGCCAAGGAAUCAUCUCAUCAAAAAUCAAAGAAAAAGCUACCACAAAAUAAUCAUCAUUACAAUAACGGUAACAUGAAUGAUCAACAUAACAGUAAUGGAUAUAAUUAUUACAGCGAUGACGAACUCUCAUUACCCGCCACUUCUUCAUCAUCCUUAUCUCCAGCACCUCCAGCAUUAUCACCACCAAGCGAUCUAUUAACACCACAACAAGAUUUUGAUGAAAUCUCCCCACUUUCAGAAGGUCAGCACUAUGUUGGAUUAAUGGAUAAUGAUGUUCAACGUGUUACCAACGGAAAUCGAUCAAGGCAGGAUGAAAAUGAUAACAACAACGAUGAUGAUGAUCCACAAAUAGAAGACGAAGUACUAAAUGAAAAUGAUAUUGACAAUUUGAACCCUAUACAUUAUGAACAACAUGAUUCUUCUACCUGUGAAGCAUGGAAUAUACCAGAACGAUUUAAUAUGGUGGAAUUAGCAAGGCGACUCUCUCUUUUAUCGGAAUCUCAAGCGGAAACUCUUACUACCAUGAUUCGAAAAUACCAAAAUAAUACCAUGUCUGUGGAUCAAAAGGAUGGGGAAAUGACUUUGGAUUUAUAUUCGUUGGGUGCACCUCUGUUGGGUCAGAUUUGGGCUUUUACUGAUUCUCUUUUUGGAAAUGACAUGGAUGAUGGGUGAAGAUUUGUUUCAUGGAUUGGCUUGUAGCUUUGGUUUCAAUCGAUAGUACACUUUAUUUGUUUUUUUCUUCCCUCUACAAUAAAUCAGUCAAUCUUUUAUAUUACUCAGAAUAUCGGAUGAUGUUUGAUACAUAAUUGAUGGAUGAAACAUGAUACAUGAUGUUGGAUGUUGG